AGCAUUCCAUUCCGCCAGCAGUGGGCGGUUGCCACAGCUGUUUUAGGGCCCGAUCAUAGGGGCUCCUUGUCUGGAGGAGGCAGCCUCUUGGCUGGGGAGGAGAAGUCGCUGCCACCUCGGCCGGCCGGUGCAGUCCCCUGGGAGUGUCCACUUUCUGCCGUCAGUCCCUGGCCGAGUUUGGGCUCCCAGGUUCAGGGUUACAAAUUGGACUUUUGAUGAUGUUUGACCCAGCAGCAGCAAUAGCAGGCAACGUGAUUUUAAAGCUGGGCUCAACUUUCGUCUCUUCUAUCUUGUAAUCACAAAGUGCAUUUGGAGCAGGAAUUCCAAUCAUGUCUGUGAUGGUGGUGAGAAAGAAAGUGACACGGAAAUGGGAGAAACUCCCAGGCAGGAACACUUUCUGCUGCGAUGGCCGCGUCAUGAUGGCCCGGCAAAAGGGCAUCUUCUACUUGACCCUCUUCCUCAUUCUGGGGACAUGUACACUCUUCUUCGCCUUCGAAUGCCGUUACCUGGCUGUCCAGCUGUCUCCUGCCAUCCCUGUGUUUGCCGCCAUGCUCUUCCUGUUCUCCAUGGCUACCUUGUUGAGGACCAGCUUUAGUGACCCUGGAGUGAUCCCUCGAGCCCUACCAGAUGAGGCAGCUUUCAUAGAAAUGGAGAUAGAAGCUACCAACGGUGCAGUGCCUCAGGGCCAGCGACCUCCCCCUCGUAUCAAGAACUUCCAGAUAAACAACCAGAUUGUGAAGCUGAAAUACUGUUAUACAUGCAAGAUCUUCCGGCCUCCCCGGGCAUCCCAUUGCAGCAUCUGUGACAACUGUGUGGAGCGCUUCGACCAUCACUGCCCCUGGGUGGGGAAUUGUGUCGGAAAGAGGAACUACCGCUACUUCUACCUCUUCAUCCUUUCUCUCUCCCUUCUCACCAUCUAUGUCUUCGCCUUCAACAUCGUCUAUGUGGCUCUCAAAGUACUCAUUUGCUUCUUCACACUCUGGUCCGUCGUGGGACUGACUGGAUUUCACACUUUCCUUGUGGCUCUCAACCAGACAACCAAUGAAGACAUCAAAGGCUCAUGGACAGGGAAGAAUCGUGUCCAGAAUCCUUACAGCCAUGGCAACAUUGUGAAGAACUGCUGUGAAGUGCUGUGUGGCCCCUUGCCUCCCAGUGUACUGGAUCGAAGGGGUAUUUUGCCACUGGAGGAAAGUGGAAGUCGACCUCCUAGUACUCAAGAGACCAGUAGCAGCCUCUUGCCACAGAGCCCAGCCCUAACAGAACAUCUGAGUUCAAAUGAGAUGCUGGAGGACACCAGCACACCUGAAGAGAUGCCACCCCCAGAACCCCCAGAGCCACCACAAGAGGUGGCUAAAGCUGAGAAGUAGCCUGUCUAUGGAACAGACUUUUGUUUGUGUUUAAUUAGGGCUGUGAGAGAUUUAAAGGGAGAAGAUAAACCUGAGACAGAGAACAAGUAAGGUGUUUUUCUUUGGUCUUUAUCACCCAAUGGAACACUGGCAUUUUCUUGCUGCAAGUUUUUUUUUAUUAUUAUGAGCUCAAGGCAGUCACAGAAGAUGUCAGUGACCUUGGUAACUGGACAGAUGGGUCUCUUGGGCCCUGACACUGGUUUUUCACAGCCUCAGCCACGGAAUCUCCUUGAACUCCCCUUUCUUCCCUCCAGAUCUUAGCUCUCCUGCUUGGGGUGGUUGGUCCAAUUCUGGGGUUAAAGGCUCUUGAGGCUGACUCAGUCCUCUUCAGCUGCUGCAUGACAUAAGUCGGGAGGUGAUCACAGAGAACUCUGGCAAGGGAAUCCUAACUGGAUUCUUGAAAUCUUCAGAAUUGAAGAGGAUAGUGAGUAGGGCUGGAGGAUUCUCCUGGCUACAAAGUGCCACCAUUGCCAACAAAUUCUUUUAGAAGUGGAUCAGGUAGCUUCCACUUGUAUUUAUUCAUGUAGUUUCUUCUUUUUCCCCUGUCCACUCUCUAACUCCCAAGCCCCACUCUUCCCCAAUUAGAUAUAUGUAAGUAUUUGCAGUAUGGAUAACAAUUUACAUUUCUUGUAGACUACCCUGAAACUUUUUAAUACCUGUACCAUUUUCAAUAAGAAUUUAUGAGUUGCCAACAGCAUCACCCUUUGCACUCUCUGUCUCAUCGCUCCUCCUUUCUCAUUAGCCCCUUUUCAUUUUUUUCUUCUGACUCUUGCUCCCAUUAAGAGCAAGAAUGGCAGUAAUAAAAGUCUGCACUUUGGCCAUUCUUUUC